AUGUUAUUAAAAUCUGGUGCUGAUGCUAAUGCCGAGUUUACGAAAGAACUCGUUGAAAAAUACGAAUCUUCAAAGGAUUGGAAAUGGUCUGAUGAGUUUAGGAGCAUUAACGUAAAUUUCUGUAUUUUGAGAACUUUACUUCGAUACAAAGUCAACGUUGAAAUUACCGGAAAAAAUAACAAAACACUGCUGAUGUAUGCUCCUAAAAGAGCAUCAAUGAAACAUUUAAAUCUGUUUACUGAAGAAUGGGGCAAUAAGUGCAGACCGAAAUUUCUCAAUGCUAGAGACGAUUACGGACGUCAUGCUGUUCACUAUUUGCUGCCAAAUGAAAAAUUUGGGAAAUUUCGGUACGCAAGAACAGGUCACAUUUCCCACCUUCUAUGGGAGUUGACAGAAGCUGGAGCAGAUAUCAAUGCAAUUAUUGAUCAUGAUCCAGACACUCUCUUACUCAACAAAGUGGCCUACAGAUGCGAGUACGAGACGUUGGAGCGCUUUUUGAAACUUCUUUAUCCUUAUCCUGCUGAAGGUAGACCUUUACACUAUUGUAUGCUUCCAGUUGAUCCUGAAAAGUUUGUUGAAGACUCUGAUGACGAAAGAACGUUUGAAAUAGAAAGAAAUCGGUGUAUUAAGUUAAUCCUAGAGACUUAUACCCUGUGA